UGAUGCACCCUGGGAUACAAGAUGUCAUCCUCUAUGCAAGCAAGUUACGUUGUAAUCCAACGUUUCACAAACGUUUGAAACGUUUUAUGUUCAUUGGAUAUGUGCAAUAGCUUUGCGGAAGUAAUUUUGACAUAAACCCCUUGUCGCAAGACUUUCCAUCGGUACCAAAGUUUAAGUCCUUGGCGUUUUCGUCUUCCUUAAAACGAGAGCUAGUUUUCCGAAAUUGCGGAACCGGUCAAAUUGCGGAAAUUGACUGUACUUCGCAGCGGCGCCAGUGCCGCGCCACUGCACGUGCCGGUGGCCGGUCCUAUUUUGGCGUCAACAAGUGUCAACUGAACUGGCGUCAACGCCAACGGUCGUCACCCAGCGUCAACAAAUUUUUUACUGGAAAUCCCUUUGAUGCGUAGUACGUAAGAUGGAGAAAUCUGAGUUCAUCAAAGUCCGUGGAAGGAAUUUUGUAUGUCAGCUGUGUGACAUCAAAAUCACUUCAGAGAAAGCAGUUGAUGAUCAUCUGACAGGAAAGAAACAUCAGCGGCUGCUUAGUCUCCAAAUCAGCCGCCAAGAGCGAACUCAAAAAAGUGUCUUUGUUGGAGGACUGAGUCGACUGAAUGGGGAGCUGGAGCUAGGAGACUACUUCUCAAAAUUUGGAGACGUGGCACAGAUUUUCAUUGACAAAGAAAAGGCUCAUUAUGCAAUAGUGGAGUUCACCAGUCAAGAAUCUGCCAAGAAAGCAACAGCUGUGGAGAAACAACUCAUGAAUGGCCACAAGAUUGUUGUCCGCCCAAGACAGCCAAAAACUGGCCCGCCUGAGACUAGCACAUGUGGCACAUCAAAGAACAGAGUGACUGGUAAAGGAGAAAGUCACGGGAAGGGACAGAGCAAGCCAGCUGAGCCUGGACUGGAUGAAACUCUGUGUCAGAGACUACAGCAAGAAGCUACAGUGGCUGAUCAGAUGUCCUCCCUAGUCCAGCUGAAGGAGCUAUCCCAGGCUGAUCAGAGACUUCGCCGUCUCAUCUGUGACCUCCUACAGAGUGUCUUAGAGGAGUUCCUACCAGGAUGUCGCAUCACCCCCUUUGGUUCCUCAGUCAAUGGGUUUGGUGUCCAGGGAUGUGAUCUGGAUGUACACUUGGAGGUCUCUGCCACAACUGUAAUGGAAGUUGGACAGAAGCCUACCCCUGCUGAAGUGGAUAAACAGAAUCUUUCCAGUUCCACGGAUGAUCACACCAUUCUGGACAUAGCUUCAGCCACACCACUGGACAUAUUGACCUUGGUCAGUGAUGUCAUCAAGCGUUGUGUACCCAGCUGUCAUAAGGUCCACACUAUCCCCAGCACUAGGCUGCCAGUCGUCACAUUUACCCACAAGGAAUCUUGUUUGCAGUGCGAUAUCACCUUAAACAACAGGCUAGCUCUACAAAACAGCAAGCUCCUCAAAUUCUACAGCCAGCUGGAGACACAAGUGCGCCCUCUAGUGUUCACCAUACGUCAGUGGGCUAAGUUGCGCCAACUUGCUGGCAACACCGGUGCAGGACCACGUCUGACAAACUACGCUCUGACACUCAUGGUUCUGUUUUAUCUCCAAGCCAAGGAUGAGCCUGUCAUUCCAAGUGUUGCAGAGCUAGACCAGACACAUGAUGGUUGGGAUAGUGUAUUCUCCACUGACAAGAUUGUAUCAGCAACAGACAGCACACAGAGUCAAGAUGACCUCCUUGCUGGAUUCUUCAGAUUUUAUGGCAAAUUUGAUUUUACCACCAGUGUCAUCUGCCCUCUGUUGGGAAAGACGACCUCCCUUUCGGAGGUUCUACAAGAAGGUAGCAACAACUCUGGGAGAACCUUCAAGUCUGGAGCAGUCAACAUCCAGGACCCAUUUGAAUUGUGGCAUAAUGUUGCGCUAAAUGUAAAUGAGAAAACUGCGAGCAGACUGUCGUCAGAGUGUGGCAUUGCUGCCCAGCUCUGUCAGACUGAGUUGGCACAGAAGCAGAGCGGAAGCUCACUGGGUACAUUUUGGGGUCUGCUGACCUUGUUCGACUCCACACACUACUCAUCUGCCAAGACUCGCCCCUCAGUGAGUAGCAAAGCAUCCAAGACUGAUAAUGCUGUGGUUGAAAUCAACCUGAAGGCUUCCCACCUCUCAGAGAGGUUCAUAGCUGAGCACCCAGAUCCUGAUGACUUGAGAUCAGCCUGGUGUGUGGCUGUGAGAAGGCUGGCAUACCAAGUACUCUCUGAAGUCUUACGUUUUGAGUGUUGUCGAUUGAUGGACAAUCAGAAAAAGGCAGACACAACCAAAGUGACCUGUGAGCAACAGCAGAAUGAUCCAGAUUGCUCCACAAAUAGUCAGUUACUGGAAUCAAGGCCUUCUGGCCCAGAUUGCACAGACUCGCCUACAGACGCCACAGCUAACACGAGGGAUUAUGACUGUAAGCCACCUCCUACCAAACGCUGUCGAGUGGAAGAUUGUCAGGAUCCCAGACAUUCACCCAUCGGCUUAGUCAAACAGUGUUCAGGCGAUUCAAACCAGGAGGGUCCAACAUCAACCCAUAGUAAUUCCACAUGGGGCUCAGCAACAGAGACGUUAGAGUGCACAGCUUACCACCAUGUUUGGCUUGGCAGACGCAAAGCCAGACGCCAACUGCGGUUAAAAGACAAAUCACGAGGAGGUACCCAAACCACAACCAACCUUCAUAUCACAAAACAGCCUUGUUUAGAUCAGGGUGACAACAUGAACAGUUCAGAGAACCCCAGCUCAUUCCCUAAGGACAAUCCAGAGUCUGCAUCUUCGGACAAUAUUUGUAACCUUGGUGAAAAGCAGUCGGAGAGGACUGGACCUUGUCAAAAAUUCACACACAUCUCAACGGGUGACUCUAGCAAUGCUUCUCAAAUCAAAGACAGAUCAUGUGACACGCAAACUGAAUCCCGAUCAGUCAGUGACAAUUUUCUCUUGGAGAGUCGGGUCACAGAUCUUAUCAUUGCUGAGAAGCUACUAGGAGACAUUGCCUCUUCUUCCUCUGUCUUGAAGUUCCAUCUAGAGCUCAAGGAUAACAUCAGCCAUGGAACUACCAGUGUUCAAAUGCACUUCUUGACAGAGAUUGAAGAUGCAGACUUUAAAGUUUUCCUACAUUUCUUCGACAUUUUUUUCAAAAAGAUGUUGGAACAGUGUAAGGUAUAGAAAGAUAUCAUCCAACAUAUACUUUUUAUUUGCUUGUUAUCUGACUUUUAUGCCAUGAGGGUGAUUUAGUAUUGGUUUUGCCCGUCAUAGGCGUAUAAUGAUUAGCACUUCAUCAUGAGUACCCUUUGCAUUAUUCAAAAAAUUGGGGAAAUGUUGCCACAUAAAAGUUUUUUUGAAAGAAAGAGAAUAUCCUUUGUCAGCCCAUUACUCCAGUAUGAGGUUUGUCAUUCUACUUUACCAUUAGGCGUAAGUGUAUUUUACCUAAAUGUGUCUUAUAUAUCGAUCUAGACCAUGGAAACCCCUUAUCAUCAGCAAUUGAACAAGCUACAUGUAAGGCAUUUUUUAAAUUAUGUCAAUGUCAUGUUUCCCGUCGACAUAUAAUUUAGUUUCGAAUUACAACUGAAAUAUUCGAUCAGUAUUGAAAACUACGUUUUUAAUGUUAAAAGCACUGUAUACUUAACGUAUUUCCUCCAAAGGUUUGAUAGUGUAUGAAAACAAAUAUCAGCUAUGCAUGUGAAAUGUACAAUCUGAGUGAUGAGCUAGAUAUUUAUGAAAACGUUCACAGUAAUUUUGUUAUACAGCACUGUAUACCGAGUUUAUAGUUGACGGUAUAAUUCAUAAAACCUGUCUAAGCUUAAUACGGUUUGAAAUGUUGCGCUUAAACUAUGUCCUUCACAUUUUCCGGAUGAUUUGAGUAUUCUAGAAAACGGACAUCGAUGCGGCCGUGUUUCCAACACGUGGCAUAUGCAGAUUUGAUAAACAUUAAUUGUCACAAAUGUGAAGUUAAGCAAAUGAUAUUGCAAAAUGAAAUUAAAAUGUUUCAUUUUUGAAGCAAUCCAUUGUGAUAACUUUGGAUAUAAUAGCAGAAAGCCAAAACAAAAAGUUUGGUUUCUUGUCCAUAACGUUCAAUCUGCUCGACUGCUAGCGUGAACAGUAACUCGCCGAGGCAAGAGAAUAAAAAAGGAGAUACAAAUUAAGAUAAUUUUUAA